AUGAAUCAGCAUAUAAGUGCUGUGAUGGAGACCAUAGGAUGGCCGGAGGAUGCAUUCAUGCCAAUUGCCAACGAUGAAAAUCGACGACUCAUGGAAAAUAUCGAACAGUAUAUGGAAGCCAAAAAAAUGAAGACCCAACACCGAAACCAACUCACCGAACGGGUGAACAUGUUGAAAGACCAUUUUCAAAAUGCCCAAAAUGGGGUCAUUCAAAAUUUAAAACUUCUUGACGCAAAUCGAUCGCAAUGUGACAAUGAAUAUCAUAUGCUCAAAUUGGCUGAGAAUGAGCUUGCAACAUCGGAACAUUUAAAAGGAGAUGUUAAAAAAGAAGUCAUUUCUCUGGACGAGAAAAAUCAUACCAUCGAAAAGGAUAUGACUCGAUUGAAUGAGAAAAUAGAUAAUCUUGGUACGGAUAUGCAAUGGAUGAAAAAUGCAUUAAUCGAAUGGGCACAAGCAAUUGAUCAUGACGACCAAACCAAUACGCUAAUUGACAAAUACUGCAAAGAGGACAAGAGAAAGGCUGAGGCUUACGAGGUUCAAAGACAAGCAGUACAAAAAACAAUUGUUAAAAAUAAAAGUCGUCUCAUCGAAUUGGAAAGUGAAAAACAGUCACUUGAACAAAUUGUUGAACGAACAAAUGAUUUGUAUCGACAGGCGAUUCUUGAACGUCGUCAGAUGACUCACACAUGGAGUACUGCCGUGCAAACAUUGAAUGCCCGCAAUAACAGCAUUAAAGAAACUUUUGAGAAAAUUGCCCAAGUUAAAGACAUCGGUGAGCGUAAAACAAUCGAAAUGAAAGAACAAACUGAGUUUCUCGACCAGCAAAUUCAAAAUAACAAAGAGAGCGAAUUUAUGAUUGCUGAAUUGAACGGGCAAAUUUCGAAAGUUAGAGGUCUUUUGACGCGGUACAACGAAGAGAUUCAACUUAAAUCAAAUGACUUAAUAACACUGAGACGACAAAUGCAACACGACACCAAUUGCCUGCAACAAAUGCGACAAAAAAAUCAAAAGGCAGCCAUUGAAUACGAUGCAAAGACCAAACAAAUUGCAAAACUAAAGGAAAUUGUUGACGACCUGACAUCGAAAGUGGGAAAAAUUCAAAAUGAAAAAAAUAAUGCCGAAGAUCGUCUGAGACAUCUCGACGAACUAUUUGAAGAUGAAGAGAAAUGCAUACAUGCGAUUGAAAUGGAAAUGGCGCGACUUUCUCAAAUGGUUUAUCGAUCAAGUCAGAUAAUUCAACAGCAAUAUAACGAACAAAAAUUAAUUGAGACGGAAAUUCAUACAUUGGAAUCUUCAAUUAAGGCAAUCAGCGGCAAUUUUUUGAAUCAGGAAAAAGAGCUUGCCCGUCAAAUGGAAAUGCAAUAUGAUAUCCAUUUCAAAACGUUGAAAAUGGAAUGCCGUGUGGCCAAAAUGCAAGGUCAAUUGAAAGAAUUGGAUCCGGAAUUAAUUGAAAGAAGUGAAACACUUCAACUAUUAUGUGCACAUACGCAGAAGAAACGUGACAAAGUCAAACGGGAAUUGUGUUCAGCUGAAGAGACAGAGCGACGUCUAAGGUCGUUGCUAUUUGAAAACCAAAGUAAUCACGUUGAAUUGAUGAACAAAUUGCGAAAUCGUCAAUCAGAGUGCGAGGCCAGUCAACGGUCUAUUGCAACAAAUCGCGAUAUAUUGCACGAACGUUUGGUCGAGCACAGUCUAAUAAAAAUGAGAGUUCAUCAAAUGGCCGAAAUGUAUAACAAGCAAAUGGAGAAAUUUUAUGAUUUGGAACAGCAUAAGCUGCAAUUACAAUUGGCCGUUGAUGAGCGUCUGGUUGAUUUGCGUUGUCAAAUGGAUUUAUUGGCUACAAAGCGAAAGCACUUGCGUGGCGAACGAGAUCAGCUGAGGGCCGACAUCAAUGAGCGUAGGCUGAAAAUUGAUGCUUUGAAAGCACGCUUCGAACUUACAAAUGAAUUGCUUGGUAAAAAUGAAGAUGGAACGGUGGUCAGUGCGAUUCAAUUGAAAAUGGAAACGGCACAGGAGAAGGCUCUCCUGUUAGAACAAGGCAGUAAAUUGAAUGAAAAAGUUUUAAACGCUGAAGCCGAUAUUAAAGCUUUGGAAAAUACGUUAAUUCUGUUGAAUUUUUCAAAUGAUAAAUAUAAACGAAAGAUGGGUCAAGUACAGGAUAACGAUGAACUCAAUGAGAAAAUGCAAAAACUGAGCAACGAAUAUGCGACAGCAAUGAAUCGAUUAAAGGUUGCCAGAAACGAUUUUGAUAAUGAGACAAGAAAACUGGAUGAAUUACAACGGCAAUAUGAACACUUUGAGAUUGAACUGGACGAAAUAAGCCGAAAUCGAUUGGAAAAUAACGACGCUCUCAUCAAGUUACACAGAGAAAUUAUGGAACAAAAUUCAAAAGUCGAACGAGCCAAACGUGAACUGAAAAUCGCAAAAAAGGCAAUGAUGAGGAAAGUUGGUGAUCGCGAAUAUGUUCGACUUUUAGAGAAGGAUCUUACGACGAAGGAGCUUGAAAGUCGGAAUACGACCGUUUUGCAUCAACUAUCCGAUAUAGUUGAUACAGUACCCGGAAUGAGCUUGGUCAUCACUAAAUUGCUCUAUGAAAAAGGACUGGAGAUUCCAAUUCAUCAUCAAAAUGCUCGCAAUGCAGCUUCUAGUCUAUCACGAGCAAUAAGUCGUACGUCAAUGCGCAGCUCUGGUAGAGCCAGUGAAUGUAGCUUGACUAUAAACAGUCGCGAAGAUGAUGGAAUCAUUUCAAGAUUGUCAGAACGUUCGUUUGCAACGACAUCCUCGACUGUGUCAUCAAAAGCAUCAACAACAACCAGAUCUACAAAGAAAUCUGAUAAAAGCGCAGCACCAACUACUGCUUCACUGAGCUUCCAAAUCGAAGGACAGUCCAUACGCAGCGACAAAGUAUCAAAAUAAAGCGAUAAACUACAUAAAAACAUUCAAAUUCGCCACCCAACAUUUAAAUUCUGUGAAUGAAAAAUUG